AUGGCGGAAACCUUCGACUUUAUUGUAGUUGGUGGCGGAACUGCCGGAUGUCUCAUUGCCGAAAAGUUGGCAUCAACUACAACAAAGCCAAGCGUUGCGCUUUUCGAGGCCGGGGAUAGACAGGAAAGCGAUUCACUGCGCCAGACUUAUCACCGGUUUACGCUGGCACUCACUCAUCCUGAACUGAACUAUGGGUCCAAGUCAACUCCUCAAGCCCAUUAUGGCGGCAGACAAAUAGAUAUGAUUAGAGGCAAAGGCCUUGGUGGAAGCUCGCAGAUUAACUUCCAAGUCUGGUCCCUUGGAGCCAGAGGCGAGUUUGAUGCUUGGGCUGAGAGAACCAAAGCCCAAGAAUGGGGAUUCAAGUCUAUACUCGCCAGUAUCAAAAAGAUCGAAAAUGCCACUGUGAAAAUACCAACUGUCUGGGAAAAGUUCUCUCAGCAAAGCGCUGACUGUCACGGCUUUGCAGGGCCAAUAGACGUAUCAAUUGGCCCAUUGAUAGAGCCAGAGGCAAAACACAUUCUUGAGGCUGCUGCUGAGCUUGGGUAUCCAAUAAAUUUGGACCAAAACGACGGCGAUCCUAUUGGCUUUGGACUAUCCCUAAAUUCCAACAUGAAAGGGUACAGGACAACGAGCGAAUCGGCAUUCCUCAACAAGAGUCUUCCAAAUUUGCGAAUCUAUCGAGGCUCCUUCGUCAGCAAGAUAAUCUUCGAUGGAAAUAGAGCCAUAGGCGUGCGGUGCAAUAGUUCAGAGUACUUUGCAACUAAGGAAGUCAUACUCACUGCGGGAGCAAUUGGCAGCCCACAUGUCUUACUUCACUCCGGAGUCGGUCCUUUGGCUGAAUUGAAAUCGCUCGGAAUCAAUGUUGUUCAAGACCUCCCAGGUGUUGGUAAGGGCUUUUCCGACCACCCUUGCAUACCAGUGGUGUAUCAUAUGGGCCAUGGUUUUUCGGAAAGAGUGUCAUUUUCAUCUGACGAAGUAAAAAUAUCUGCUGCCGAGCAUGAACUCAAAAGUUCAAAGACGGGGCCAUUGACACAGUAUAUGUCUUCCGCAGUUACAGCCUUUCUUCAGUUGCCCGGUAUAGUUGACGUGGAAGGAUUCAACCAGCUCCCUUCCGAAUCUCGAGAGCUACUUCUAAAGCAGACUACGCCUCAUUUUGAGCUGGCAAUGCCGGGCCCCCUUAUCCCGCCUACUUACGUGUUCGAAGACAAACAAGAUGGCUAUCUCACCAUGUUCAUCACGUUGAUGAAUCCACAAUCCAAAGGAUCAGUCUCUAUUUCUAGUGCUGAUCCUAACAUUCCACCGGUCAUUGAUCCAAACUAUCUCGGCAGUUCAUUCGAUCGUGCUGCCCUAAAGGAAGCUACUAAGGAGACUUUGAGCAUUUUAGAUGCGCCUUAUCUGAAGCAGUAUAUCAAGCAUCCAAUCCUAGCCCCAUCUUCAUCCAAUGAUGAAGAUAUUGAUGCAAACACUCAGAUUGUAGCCUAUAUAAUUGGUAAUAUUGCAUUUGAGAAGAUUUCGGAAGAAUGGAAUCUAUAG